UCCCCACUCAUGUAGUUUGAUUGGUUACUCUGAAAGAUAAAAUUGAUCUCUCUCUUCCCGUUUUCAUUUCUUUCUCUUCUCUGGCGGCCGAUCCCGUCGCUAACUCUCUACAUGACCUUGAGAAUUUAGCACUAUAUUCCAGGCUUGUUUUGCUCUAAUCUGGAUCGAAACCACAGAAGCAGAUAAAUCAUUUUCGUUUUGAUUCCUGCUUAUCCUAGGUGUCUUUAUUUAUCUACCAAAAAAUGUCCAAUUAUCAAGGAGAUGAUGCUGAGUACAUGGAAGACGUAGAUGACGAGAUGGAAGAUGUCGAAGAUGAUAUGGACGAGGAGUUUCGUGGCGAUGAUCUUGGUGCAUCUGAUUCUGAUGUUGAGGAAGUUGAGUCGAAUUCUAAAGUAGCUGAUACCUCGGCGGAGCAAGCUCGGAAAGGGAAAGAUAUCCAGGGGAUUCCUUGGGACAGGCUUAGUAUUUCUAGAGAGAAAUACAGACAGACUAGGUUAGAACAGUAUAAGAAUUAUGAAAAUGUCCCUAACUCUGGGGAAUCCUCCGAAAAGGUUUGCAAGGUCACACAGAAAGGGGGACUAUUUUAUGACUUUUGGCGGAAUUCAAGAUCUAUUAAAUCUACUAUACUUCAUUUCCAGUUGAGGAAUUUGGUAUGGGCAACUUCAAAGCACGACGUGUAUCUUAUGUCAAAUUUCCUGGUUACACAUUAUUCUUCUCUAACGUCUGGAAAGCAUGAAGUUCUCAAUGUUCGUGGUCAUGUUGCACCAUCUGAGAAACAUCCUGGAAGUCUGCUGGAAGGAUUUACGCAGACUCAAGUAAGUACACUUGCUGUAAAAGACGACUUUCUAGUUGCUGGCGGAUUUCAAGGAGAACUUAUUUGCAAGCAUCUUGAUAGACCGGGUGUCAGCUUUUGCUCUCGUACGACUUAUGAUGAUAAUGCUAUAACCAACGCUAUUGAGAUCUACAACAAACCCAGUGGAGCACUUCAUUUUACUGCUUCAAAUAAUGACUGCGGAGUUAGAGACUUUGACAUGGAGAGAUAUCAGCUUGUUAAGCAUUUUCGUUUUCCUUGGCCAGUGAAUCACGCAUCUUUGAGUCCUAAUGGUAAACUACUGGCUAUUGUUGGAGACAACCCUGAGGGCCUUAUUGUAGAUCCCAACACAGGAAAGACAUUGGAAACACUAUCAGGACAUUUGGACUUUUCCUUUGCCUCAGCGUGGCAUCCAGACGGAUUCACUUUCUCAACGGGAAACCAGGACAAGACUUGCCGUGUUUGGGACAUCCGUAACCUUUCUCAGUCCGUUGCUGUCUUGAAGGGUAACCUAGGAGCGAUCCGGUCAAUUCGGUACACAUCUGAUGGGAAAUACAUGGCCAUAGCUGAACCGGCUGACUUCGUACAUGUCUAUGAUGUCGCAAACGGGUAUGAAACAGAGCAGGAAAUCGACUUCUUCGGGGAGAUAUCUGGAAUAUCUUUCAGCCCUGACACAGAGGCGCUGUUUAUUGGGGUAUGGGACCGCACUUACGGUAGCCUCCUUGAGUUUGGUAGGCGCAGGAACCAUUCCUACCUUGAUUCGUUUCUUUAAGCACGAAGAGAAGUAUACACAACCCUCUCCAAGGAAUAAAAGAGAGCUCAUACAGCAACCAGUGAAGACGGCAGAAUGGAUCUCUUGAAGGUGUAAAUGAUGUGUUGUGCAAAUGCUAGUAGUUAGUGUCUUUUGUUACCUUUUCCAGCCGGUGUGUUACUUUCUUAUAACUGGUCUCCAAAGGCUCGUGCUCGGUUCGAAAGAUGUGUACAGGAAGGGCUGGUUCAGUGGUGGCAUAGUCUGGAUUAGGACUUGGUGGUGGGGCUGCAGCUGGAUCUAUGUUUAAAAUCGGUUUGCGGGUCCAAGGAUCAUUGCUGUUCUUUAUUGGUGGCUUGUGAGUCUUUUGUUUUUGUUCCUUGUGUUUGUGGUUGUUGUAGGAACUCGAGUGUUUAGAUCCUGUUCUGAGUUUAGAAUGUGGAGAUGUUUAACUAAACUAUAAUAAUAAUAUUCCCUGUUCGUUUUUUA